AUGGAGCAAGGAAACUGCUCUGCCGUGGACGAAUUCGUUCUCCUGGGAAUCACUGAGAACCCAGACGUCAGAGAGACACUUUUCACUGUAUUUCUCCUCGUUUAUCUCAUCAGUCUCUUAGCGAACCUUGGCAUGAUCACUUUAAUAAGAGCGGAUCCCCACCUGCACACGCCCAUGUAUUUCUUCCUCAGCCACCUCUCUUUCUGCGACCUCUGCUAUUCCACGGCCAUCGGACCCAAGAUGCUGGCGGACUUCACGGCCGAGAGUAACUCAGUCCCUUUCCUGGGCUGCGCGCUGCAGUUUCUGACCUUCUGUGCCUUUGCAGACGCCGAGUGUCUGCUGCUGGCAGUGAUGGCCUUCGACAGGUACCAGGCCAUCAGCAAGCCCUUGCUCUACACGGCGCACAUGUCCGGCAGGCUGUGCUCCCUGCUGGUGGCUGGGGUUUACCUGGUGGGACUCGCAGACGCUCUCAUCCACACCGCACUGACAUUCCGCUUAUGUUUCUGCGGGUCCAAUGAGAUUAAUCAUUUCUUCUGCGAUUUACCUCCGCUCUUUCUCCUUUCUUGUUCUGACACACAAGUCAAUGAGCUGGCUUUAUUCACAGUUUUUGGAUUCAUUGAAGUGAGCACUAUCUCAGGAGUCCUUAUCUCCUACUGCUACAUCAUCUUAUCGGUCUUAAAGAUCCGCUCUGCUGAGGGGAGGUUCAAGGCUUUCUCCACCUGCGCCUCCCACCUCACUGCCGUCGCCAUCUUCCAGGGAACCAUGCUCUUCAUGUACUUCCGUCCCAGUUCUGCCUACUCCCUGGAUCAGGACAAAGUGACCUCACUGUUUUACACCCUGGUGAUCCCCAUGCUGAACCCUCUGAUUUACAGCCUGCGGAACAGGAAUGUGAAACAAGCCUUGGAAAAGCUUAGAAAUACUAAGUGGUUUUAA